AUGCGUCGCAAGCGAGAGGCGUUCGACCCGACCGAUGACCUCUUCGAGGGCCUUCCCUCCGCCAAGCAUGCGGCUAUACGGCUGCGCGACGACAGCGGUGACAGCGACAGCUCUCACGCCGACGCGGACGGUGCCGCGAGCGAGGCCAUCGUGGAGCCGGCAGCAGACAGCGUGCCUGUCGCGGAGACGGCUGCGCGACUGAGCGCACGCGAGCCGAGUGCGGCGUCCUCGGCUCAGGGCGUGACUGAUGAGGCCGGGCUGCCACUCUGGAUGCGCACAGCCGCGGCGCGCAUCAUCGGAGACCACACGCCUCCGAUCAGCGCACUGGCGCUCGACCGCCGGCUCGAGGCGGCACUCGGCCGCAUGGGCGUGCGCCGCUGCUUCCCGGUCCAAGCCGCAGUCGUGCCAAUGGUGCUCGCCUCGGCCGCCUCCUCCUCCGCCGGCGACAUUUGCUGCUGCGCGCCGACCGGGUCGGGAAAGACGCUCGCGUACUCCCUCCCGCUGCUGCAGCACCUGCUCGGCAAGAUCGACGCGGACACCAUCGACGCGGUUGUCAACUACGACCCGCCGUCAGACAUCCGCUCCUACCUCCACAGGGUCGGCGCGGACACGGAGCGAAGGCCAGACGACCCGGCGCAGGCGAUCGUCAUUUGCACAGGUGGCCCGCCUCCUGUGGCAUACGUCCGCGCGCUGCAGAGCGUGAUGGAGCCCCACUUCCCCGAGCGCCUGCGCAUGUCGGUCGUUUAUCCGAUCCCCUGGAUGAUGAAGAUGGUGGUGAACGGCUUCAUCGCAUUCCUGCCGAGGGUGACUCGGGACAAGUUCCGGCUGUGCGCGACGUGCGAUGAGCUCCUCGAGCUCACGGGGCUCUCGCUGAGCGAGGUACCCGUCGACCUGCAAGGGGGCGCAGCGGCGCAGGAGGCGGCGGAAGCACUGGGCUCCGGCGAUGCCGCCGAAACAAGCUAG